AUGUCAGUUAUCCUAGCUUCAGCAGGAUACGACCACACUAUUAGGUUUUGGGAAGCGCUUACUGGUGUUUGUUCCAGAACGAUCCAGUAUUCAGACUCUCAAGUGAAUCGGUUGGAGAUAACAUCUGAUAAACGGUUCCUAGCAGCAGCAGGCCACCUCCAUGUAAAAUUGUACGAUGUCAAGACUGCAAACCCCAACCCAGUCACUUCAUUUGAAGGCCAUACGAAUAAUGUGACCUCUAUGGCGUUUCAAGCUGAUAAUAAAUGGAUGGUGUCGUCAAGUGAAGACGGGACAGUGAAAGUAUGGGAUGUUAGAGCGCCCACAGUACAACGAAACUACAAGCAUAAUUGUCCGGUCAACGAGGUAGUAAUACAUCCCAAUCAAGGAGAAUUGAUUUCAUGUGAUCAGGAGGGAAAUGUGAGAAUUUGGGAUCUCGGCGAAAAUCAAUGUACGCACCAAUUGAUCCCAGAAAACGAUGUACCUGUCCACUCAGUCAGUGUCGCAACUGAUGGAAGCAUGCUUGUUGCUGGUAAUAAUAAGGGAAACUGCUAUGUCUGGAAGAUGCAUAACCAAAAAGACGUGACUUCACUUCAACCAAUAACAAAGUUCAAAUCUCAUUCAAAGUAUAUUACCAGGGUAUUGUUGUCCUCAGAUGUGAAACAUCUUGCGACAUGUUCAGCGGAUCAUACGACUAGAGUGUGGUCAAUUGAUGAUAAUUUUGGCAUUGAAACUACUCUACGUGGUCAUCAGCGGUGGGUCUGGGAUUGUGCUUUCAGUGCAGAUUCUGCCUAUCUUGUUACCGCCUGUUCUGAUCAUUAUGUUAGAUUGUGGGACCUUGCAACCAGCGAGACUGUGCGACAGUACAACGGACAUACUAAGGCAGCUGUUUGUGUCGCAUUGAACGAUGUUUAA